AGACGCAUGGGGCUGGGUGGCUCAGUGCUACUCCAUCAUGUAAAUAAGCAUGCUGCAGUAUGCUAGACAUUGCCUUUUUUCAAUUACCAUGAAUGCACCCUAACAUGUUUUUUUAUGGGCAUACACAGUGGUCAAAUACAGCAAAAUAAAAACACGUUGUGUAAACUAGUCAGUUUUAGGAAAUUUCCACCAUUCUCUGUCUAGUAAAGCACCUGCUGGUAAGUACACAGGACCCACCGCCUCUGCUCCUGGGAGUUCCCCCUGUGUCAGUUCCCCAUAGCCCAGCGCAGUGUGAUCAGGCGGAAGAACUGAUAGUAAAUGACUAGGGGAGGGGCUGACGUGAAAACGUGUGACCCCAGAAAACGUGCGUCACCACCUGCAGAUCUCCCGUGGAAAAGUACAACUCCCAGCAUGCUUCAGGGAACCUUGGAGUUGUAGUUUUGAAGUGUCAGAAACGCCACAGGUUGGAGAACACUGCUGGACAGUAUGGACACCGCAACGUGUACCUCCUGUAGUACGGACAGUGACUUCUCAUUCCCGCUUAUUCACACAGCAUGCGGUUAUAGCGGGAGUCACAGCCCGUACCCGGUGGGGAGACACAGUAAUCAUGAAGGACCGUCUCAACGAGCUGCUGGAAUAUGCAAGACUUCACAACCAGUAUGUCCAGAAUGGUGAUGAGGACGUUCCACAAGACAUUGCUAUGUUUGAGACUGACCAUUCUUUAGAAGCCCUGUACAGGGAUAUUCAACUCAUCCGGACUGAAAACCACUUGUUGAAGGUUGAUGUGAAACGCUUAGGGAAACAAACAACACGCUUUCUUACUUCAAUGCGUCGCCUUAGCAGCAUAAAAAGGGAUUCCAACAGUAUAGCUAAAGACAUUAAGCUAAGAGGAGAAGGCAUCCACAGGAAACUCCAGAGCCUGAAAAAUCUUAGUGAAGAUGCAGAAAGUAAACAUGGGGAAAGUUCUCUUAUAGCACGUGUGUCCAAGGCUCAGUAUAUUACCCUUACGCGUGCUUUCCAGCAAGCAAUGGUUGAAUACAAUGAAGCUGAAAUGGUUCAACGGGAGAACUGCAAAAUCCGAAUCCAGCGUCAGCUUGAGAUUAUGGGGAAAGAUAUUUCAGGAAACCAGAUUGAAGAUAUGAUUGAACAAGGGAAAUGGGAUGUCUUCUCUGAAAAUCUUCUUUCCGAUGUUAAAGUUGCACGUUCAGCACUAAACGAAAUAGAAACGCGGCACAAAGAGCUCCUAAAGCUGGAGACCCGAAUAAAAGAGGUCCAUGAUCUCUUCCUACAAAUGGCUUUACUGGUGGAAGAGCAGGCUGAGACUUUGAAUGUUGUUGAGUUAAACAUGGAAAAGGUGAAAGAUUAUGUUGGAGCAGCAAAAGCUGAAGUAAAAAAAGCUGUAGAGUAUAAGAAGAAGAAUCCAUGUCGCACCAUGUUCUGUUGUUGCUGCCCUUGCUGUGACUGAAGCCCAAACAUGUAUGUCUUUUUCCAGAACAAACUUUCAUAAAGCUGUGGACAUUUUUGAAUUGUUAUGCCUUACAAGUAUUUAAGUGCCUUUUUCGUACUGAAAAAAGCAAAAAUACAAAUCCUAAAAAUAUUGUAUGCAGCAACAAAUUAUUUUAUGUUUUGCAUAAAAAGUUUAUUUUAUAUGUUGAAAAAACGGAUGUUUAAAGAAAUCCUUUCUUAAUAAAAAAAAAAAGUGUAAAAAAUA